AUGGCAUCCCAAACCACCACCCCAGCCGACCUCCGCCGCCCCCACCGCUUCAUAACAGACCACGACCCCUCCACGGGCAAAGCAAUCUUCAACACCACCAUCGCCACCGAAAUCCCGCAACAGACCGUCGGCGGCGGCGCCAAAUUCUACCUCGGCUACACCACAGAACAGACCCCCGUCACCCUGACCCAAAACGCAGACGUGGCCGCCUACGCCGCGCGCCUGUCGAACCCGCCCGGCAUCGUGAUCCCCGGCGGCAGCGUCGUGCGCAUCGUCGACAUGGCCCCCGGGUCGCUGAGCCCCAUGCACCGGACCGUCAGCCUCGAUUACGGCGUCGUGCUGGAGGGCGAGAUCGAUCUGGUGCUGGAUUCGGGCGAGACGAGGAGGAUGCGGAGGGGGGAUGUGAGUGUGCAGAGGGGCACGAUGCACGCUUGGAAGAACGUGAGCGAGACGGAGUGGGGGCGGAUGUUGUAUGUGCUGCAGGAGGCGGAGCCGCUCGAGGUUGGCGGGGAGGUGUUGAAGGAGGAUUAUGGCGUUGGGAUGGGGGAUGUGAAGCCUUCAUCUUCCAAGUGA